AUUUGACAUAUUUAAAAAAAUAACAACAACCAAAGAGAUACAUAACAAUAAAAACAUUGUAUUAUUUAUUGGAAUGUUAAUAUUUAUGUAUUCGGAAAAAUAUCUGCCUGGUCCCCCCCUCCCCUAACCUUAACCCCAACCCUAACUCUAACCCGGGAAAAAUAUCCGCCCGGUCCCCCCCUACCCUAACCCUAACCCUAACCUUAACCCCAACCCCUAAACCCUAACCCCUAACCCUAACUAAAAAUAAUAGAGGGGACCGGGCGGAUAUUAUACCGACAAACGUCUUAGUAAUAGCACGAAACAGUUGAUAAUGCCAAGUUCAGGUUGCAGUGGAGAAUGCAGAAUGAUAAACUGUUUAAUAAACUCUGGAUUUAAAAAUAUAGAAAAUUUAAAAUAUAUUCAGAAAUGGUCGUUUAAAAAAAAAAUUAUGAUGGCAAAUUUUUAAAAAGUUCCGGAUAAAUGGCAUUAAUUCUGGAAUUCCGGAUAUGGGUUAAAAAUUCCGGAUUUGUCGGAAAAUUCCGGAAAGUUAGUCGCCCUGUAUUUUAAAGCUGCAGUUUCUAAUGGAAAUUCCAUUUACCAUUAGCAAUCUUAAACAGAUUUCUUCAUCUUGUUCAAAUGUUCAAAUAAAAAAGAGAAGAAUUAUAGGGAUAUCUUAGAAAUAAUUACAUGUUAUCCAGGGCUUGAGCUGUCAGUAGCCAAAUUAGCCAAUAGCAAAUUAAAAAAUAAAAAUUAAUAAUCAAAAUUUUGUCUCAGCCAUUUUUUUAUCUUCAGAUGUGAACAAACUUUUCUCUUCAUCAUUACAAGAAAGGACAGUGCAGCAUUGAAAAUGCCAGGAAAAUCCAAGUUGUCUUGUCAUUAUGGCCCGACAAACAGUUUUGUGGUUGCCACACCAAUUGGCGAUAUGUGUCUAGUGAGCUGUCCUAAGGGUCUUCAUUUUCUCAAUCAGGCUGACAGCAUAUGUGAUGAGAACUUCUGUCCAGAUCCAUGCAUAGAAGUGUGCAUCAAGUCUCAGCUAUAUCAAGACAAUGGUUACCAGUACAAACCCAGCCUGCUGUGUGUGCAGUGGCUUAGGGACUACUUCUCCCGAGAACACAGCAUGAAAAACACACAAGCACCUCCGAUGUGUCCUUCCGUUGUCAAAGAUGGAUCAUUCACUGCCAAGGUGUGGAAAACAUUAACAGAUCAUGUUGGGUUUGGUCAGACGAUAUCGUACGGUGGCCUUGCGAAGUUGUGUGGAAAUGCCAAUGCAUGCCGAGCGGUUGGUCACGCCAUGGGGACAAACCCGGUUCAGUUGGUGAUGCCGUGUCACAGAGUUGUUCAGAGUAAUGGAAAUCUUGGAAACUAUGCUUGGGGCAAAAGAAAUUCUGUGAAACAGUGGCUUCUUGUGUAUGAAGGUGCUGUUGAAAAGAAUCAAUAGAUGUAGCAUAUAUGUAUAUAAUUGUAACGUGUAUGUAUAUAAUUAUAUAAGCAGUUCUUGGACAUUUGGUUGAGGACUAAUAAUUUGAUGGCAGUUUCACCACAGUCUGAAUUGCAUUGUGGCCUGAUUGUAAACUGCCUCGUGUAAUGUAUAUGUUAACAAAAUGACUUAAAGUAAAAAAACCUAUAAAACCUAUUCAUCAAAAGAAUGCAUCUGACACCAGUCAUUUGAUUGAAAAUUUGUCUGCCAUAUUUUUGGGAGUAACAGCAAAGGCCUGCUGUAAAAUAUAUAAGCAUUACUGACCAAAUUGAGGGUUUUUUCAUCAAUAAUAGUGCUAUAUUUAUGUUUGUUUGUCGAAUGUAUAUGUAGAGAACAGAAAUAACUUGCACACAGAAUGUGUAUUCUGCAAUGUUUGAUUUUAUUUUUUAGCACCUCCAAUUUCUAGAAGUGCCAAACAAGCAUCCUGUGUAUUUUUAUGGUUGUUUUACAUGUGUAGAACAAAGAACGACGACUGAUUUAUGCUAAACUAGCAGCAGUAUGUUAAAGGCAUGAUGUUAUGGAUUCAGGUCUCAAAGUAAAAUAAGCAAAAUGUGACUUGUGUUUUGACAAAAAAUAGUCCUGCUAAAAAAAAUACAUGGCCUAUCGGAAAUAGGACAACAUGGGCUAGGCUUACAUCCAAUGCAUGGGGAGGGUUUCGGAGGUCAAAACCCUUCUUUGCUGAAGAACAUUUUCUUUUUUCUCAAUAUAUUUUCUGGGGAAACAUGACUUGAAUACCCCCCCAUCUUCAUACACCAGUCUAGAUAUGGAGUUUUUAGAUUUGCGGUCUAUUUGAUCCCGCACAUGUCAUUUUUUACCAAUGGCAUUAGCCUAAGGUUAAAAAUGAAACAUUUGCGGGCAUCAUAUAGACAAUAACAUCUUCGAAUCUAAAAACUCCAUAUGGUUAUGUCUAUUGUAAACUGAAUUGUUUUUCUACGGAACUAACUCUAGUAACUGUA